AUGAGACUGAGGGGAGCUGCCAGGGUUUGGAGGACACGGCUGAGUUUAGGCUGGAAGCUGCGAGACUAGAUUCCCCCCCUUUCCUCCUUUUUCCCUUUAUUUUUUAUUUAUUUAAUUUGGUUUUUUUUGGCACAACUUCCCUAGUUUCCCCCCCUCCCGCCUCCGCUCCGCUCAGUUUCGCUCUAUGGACAGAUCAGCAAACCUGGACACGGAGGAGCUCAAGAUGGAUGGAAAGUGGAUAAUUAUAAGUGAGGAAGUCAGAAGACCUGGUGCUAUGACACGAGAGCAGUAUAUAUUAGCAACACAACAGAACAGCCUUCCAAGGACCGAACAUCCUCAGUUCUACCCAGUAGGGAUUUAUGGAUGGCGAAAGAGGUGCUUAUACUUCUUUGUCCUUCUGCUGUUGGUUACCAUGAUUGUUAACUUAGCAAUGACAAUAUGGAUUUUGAAGGUUAUGAAUUUCACAGUGGAUGGAAUGGGAAAUUUGAGAGUCACUAAAAAAGGAAUACGACUCGAAGGAAUAUCUGAAUUUCUACUUCCACUAUACGUGAAAGAAAUCCAUUCCCGAAAGGAUAGCCCACUGGUCUUACAGUCUGACAGAAAUGUAACAGUGAAUGCAAGGAAUCACAUGGGACAGUUAACUGGACAACUGACAGUAGGAGCUGAUGCUGUAGAGGCCCAGUGUAAGAGAUUUGAAGUGAGGGCAAGUGAAGGUGGAAAAGUGUUGUUUUCUGCGGAUGAAGAUGAGAUUGUCAUUGGAGCCGACAGACUGAGAGUCACAGGCACGGAAGGGGCAGUGUUUGGGCACUCUGUGGAGACACCCCAUAUCAGAGCAGAACCUUCCCAAGAUCUCAAACUUGAAUCCCCUACAAGAUCUUUGGUGAUGGAAGCACCCAGGGGAGUGCAAGUCAAUGCAGCUGCAGGAGACUUAAAGGCUACCUGUAGGAAAGAACUGCACUUACAGUCCACAGAAGGGGAGAUAUUUUUAAACGCAGAUACGAUCCGUCUGGGAAAUCUACCAGUGGGUUCCUUUUCCUCUCCUCCUCUUCCUCCUCCUGCCUCCUCUCCCAGCUCUUCAGCUCCUCGCCAGACUAUCUAUGAGCUCUGCGUCUGUCCCAAUGGUAAACUUUACCUGUCCCCAGCAGGAGCAGGCUCCACAUGUCAAUCCAGUAGCAACAUCUGCUUGUGGAGCUAGAAUGACUCCAGUUUUCUCCUCACACAGAAUAGCCUUUUGUUACUAUCCCUCUGCUUCACAGUUCUGCUCGGUUUCCUUGUGACAAGUUCGACGCUUCAAACGGCCUGCAGAGCAACUUCUUCCAGUGUAAGCAGGAAUACGGCGCUGCCUUCUCUUGUGGUUCGUGUUGCCACCCAACGUAGAGACGGGAGUGAGAUAUUCAGAAAUCAAUGUAUUCUUCAUCAGGAAACCUGGAACAUAAUAUCACCUUUUGUCCAAAAGGGAGAAUAACACAGGUGCCUUUGCUACAUGAAGUGAAGCACAUAGUUUUAGAUUUUUGCAGGACCUGGAUAUGAACUGCACAUAUAUAUAUAUAUAUAUAUAUACAGUACAUAAACAAAUUUGCCCAGAAUCUGACGGUGAGACGAAUUGGUUCCCCCUGUAUGAUAAAUAACUUCACUGUCUGAAAGCACAAUUUUCCAUUCAUCUUUUUGGAUGUAAACUUUUAUCCCGGAAUUUUAAAAUUUUGAAGCAUUGUGUGAUGCUUGCUUUACUAAACAAUUAAAUUCAGUAAAUGGUUUUUAACACAAAAAGAGACAGAAUCCCUCCCUGAGUUUGGUUUCUUUCAAAGCGUGUUGUUACUCUUUGUCUACUAAGUCUAGGGUUUUGUACACUAGGUAAAUUUUGGAAGUGCUCAGCAAUAUUACCUUUCCGAGGUAAAAAGACAUCUGCUCUUGUUUGUCAGAUCUGAACGGCCUUACGUAGCAUUUUCGUGGCUACUGCACGCAAAGCGAUUGCUUUAAGUAGAACAGACGGUUUCUGGGAAAGAACAGGGUAAAGAGGGAAAUACCGAUGAUACGUUUGUUGAUCGGUGUGGUGCUCUCCACGAGGUAUUUAUAAUUGGCAAAUGCAAAAACAAGAGAAAAAUGUUCUAAAGGGCAUCUUGUCCACUUUCGAGCUGUGUCUGUCUGCUGCCAUUUGGACGCAGUACAAACUUUAGAACUGACGUGAUGUGUAAUGCUGAGCAGCAAUGCACUAACUGGUAUGACAUUCACAUUUAUUAUUCUCUUUUGUUUACCAUCUGCUGCUAAGGUUUUCAA